CACCUCGAAACGACGACAGUAUGGGCGAUACAGACAUUGAGAUGGGCGACGUCGAACCCGAGAAUCCGUGGCUGCCAUAUGGCAUUCCAUAUCCACCUCNNCCCCUGCCGGAGAAGGUCCAAUUUGAGGGCGAGAGCGAUGAAGAAGAUCCGAAUUGGGCAAGAGAUGCGUAUUUCUUUGGUGCGAGAGAUGACCUCUGGGGAGAAUCUUUCGAAGUGCGGGUUUUCAACCUCCGUGAUCCACUAGGCAGGAGCAAGUUUGACAAAGACGACUGGAAUGUACAAUACAUGCUGGGCCCUGCAAACCCUUUGGUAGACUGGGACCCGGUAUGCAAAAAGUGGGGCCUUCAAGUUCUGGAGAAAGCUGGAUUUAUGAAUCUCGAGGCGGAUGUUCGAAACAACGCGUCUGCGGACCCGAAAGGUCGAUUCUUCGACAAGAGGCCUUCGCAUUGGCAAGACGAUCUCAUCCAUCCAGUUUUGAGAAAGGAUAUGUGGCGAAAUAUUACGGACUCUGAAUGGGACGCUCUCAGACCAGCUUCUCUCUUAGCAAGUGCGUUCCUCGACGAGCCUGCUACACUGUGUCUCUUCUAUGCGCUCUCGAGUUCUUUCCAUAUCAAUUUUUGGGAUCCGAACUUCAAGUUGUGCAAGAGGCUCGAAGUCCCAAUCGCCCUAACGGAGGCUGAGCAGCUGUCAACUUUUCAGAAGAUCUGUGCUAUGCGACAAUGGACCAGUUUUCAGUUGGAAGACAAUGCUAAAAUGGCGAUGGGUGCUGGUCCUGCUCUCGGAAGGACAUAUGGGCUCAAUUCCAAAGCCUCAAGCCCUUAUACUCGUCAGAGUAAAAUCACUAUAGUUCGCUCGUACUGCGAUGCUUUGAUGCAAUAUCGAAAUAAGGACAAGAAUCGCGAUUAUCUAAAGUUCUUCAGAAGCGUACUUUGGGAGGCUCGUGUACCAAAUAGUCGCAGGCCUGAAGGACUCUCGAACAAUCUCGAAUCAGCCUUCUUGCGCACUACUUUCAUGCUUGCAAGUACUCUGCUACACGAAUUUGCCCACGCCUUUAGUUACGCAUAUUUCGAGAUACGGAGUCUUGGUUUGCCUACUGACCCUUGGGUUGGGGACAGUCGAGACAACGAAUUCGGCCACGCCAUGGAACGCCAUGUCCUUGGAGGAAUGCCUUAUUUCAACAAUUACACCGAUCCGAAAGAACCGGGCGCGCAGGCGUUGCGACGGGUUACUUAUGCGCCUUUCGGCAUUCAUUUCACCGAGAGGUAUCGCCAAUGGGCCAUGCCUGGUGAUGCGAAUAAGAAGCAUUUGGCCAAAGACUCUGAGAAGGAUUUCAAGUCGCCUCGCGUUUUCUAUGCAUUGGCGCAACAACAAAUCUACAACUACUUCUCUACGAAGACGUGGGCGGAGGACGUACCCAGAUAUGGUCUGGACGCAGUCAAAUUCACCAAAAUAAAACAGUGGGCGGCAUCGCAAAUGCCUGGGCCUGAUCCCACUACCCACAAAACGAGCGAUGGAAGGUUCGAACCCACCGACUGGGCAAGACACACGAGACAUUAUGGCGCACGAGACCACCCCAAUGGAAACGGGUUCGAGGUCCGGCCGCUCAACACAGGGACCUCAAACAAUCUGAACGUUCAGUAUAGACUAGGACCUCCAAGCAGCUCUGUCAAAUGGAACAGUGUGAUUGAGAAAUGGGGCUUACAGGUUCUGGAUAAGGCUGGAUUUAUCAACCUCGAUUCGAGUUUGAAUGCAAAGUUAGCUAAUUCGUACAUGCAUCCUACUGGUCGAUUUGCUUCGACAAGAAAUCCUUCUGGUAAGAAACUCGACCGCGUCNCCUCAAUAUUCGGAAAGGACAUGUGGACGAACCUAAGCCAGCGAGACUAUGAUACGAUCAUGCCGGCUCUUCUCCUAGCAAGUGCUUUUCUCGAUGACCCAACGACGCUAUGUCUCUUUCAUGCCAUCUCAACACCCGCAGAUCAGAUGAUCACAUUUCAGGAUCCAAACUUGAAGACUUGCAGANGGUUGCAGGUCCCCGAAACUCUCACAGAGCCUGAACAGUGGGCAGUGUUUUCCAAACUCUGUGAUUUGUGUAAGUGGACCGAAUUCUAUUGGGAACAACCUCACAUGUUGAGGCAAAGAGGCGCUCUGGGGUUCUGUCAGCCACUCACAGACNAAAAGGGUAGGAAUAUUCCUGCUUCAGGCCCACAUGCCAGACGUAGCAAGAUCGGUCUAAGCAUACAUUAUCUCGAGGUCCUGCGAGGCUGUACAUCCGACAAAGAUACAGCAUACAACCUCUCCCACAAGAAAGCCCGAAAAUACUUUGACGAGACACUGAGAUCGACUGGUGUACCUGUCAGCCACAGACCUUCUACAACAUGUAUCGAUUCAGCUGGACUGCGUACUGCUUUCCUCUUCGCCACUCUUUUGAUACAUGAAUUAGCUCAUGCCUAUUGCUUUGCAUACUUCAAACGAGCAAACGAGAAAGAACCAAGAGAACCAUGGGUAGCAGACAACCGAAGCAACGAGUUAGGCCACGCCAUGGCAAACUUCGUUCUAGGAGGUAGUCCAUAUGCUUCCUCAUUUUCCACUGUUCCCUCAUCCACCGUACAAAAAGAUUUUCUGAAGGACAGUGUUUAUGUGCAAUUCGGACUCUACUUCGCAAAGAAGUGGAAACAGUGGGACUCANGCUGGCGACGCCAUAAAGGAGCAGUUUUGAGACAAGGCUUGGGGGAAGAUCGAAGCGUGCCACUUACUUUUUGGCCUGUGUCUCAGAGACAGGUGUAUGAUUACUUCACUGAAGAGCUUUGGGAGGAGAGGGUGCCUAGAUAUGGUUUGGAGGCGCUUAAGAUGGUCAAGGUACCCGGGUGGAAGAGCUGCAAGUAUCCUGGGCCCGACCCUAAUAACCCUUGGAACGGUUCGAUCUUGAGA